AUGUCUGAUGAUAAAGGAACUAAUCACCAUGACAACGGUGACAAUAUGAGUUUAAAACCAGUCGUCAAGACUAGAAGUAGAAGAACUUCAUCCGUUGGGAACAUUAAUUUGGGUGAUACGAUUUCGAGCAUAUCAACUAUGAAAUUGACUAAAGAACAGAAGCUUGCCUCUAAGGAAAGAUUAAAAGAAUUAAAUAGAAAUAUAGAUAAUAAUGACAAAGAUUUGGCCAGAAAAAUUUGGCUUUCUUAUUUGGAGAUUAAUUACAGACGUGUUUGGUUAACUCCUUUACUUAUAUUGUUGAUUGUUUAUUUUGCUUAUUAUACUUCAGGUAAUAAGACUGAGUCUAACCCAUUGUAUCAAUUCAUUAACAUUUCGUAUCAAGUUGGUGAUACAGAUCAAUAUGGUAAAGGUAUCAAGGAUUUAUCAUUCGUUGCGUUCCAUAUGGUUUUCUUUACUUUCUUAAGAGAAUUCCUAAUGGAUGCUAUAAUCAAACCAAUUACUAUCAAUAAAUUAAAGAUUACAAAGACUCAUAAAGUUAAGAGAAUUAUGGAACAAGUAUAUUCUAUCAUUUAUUAUGGUACUUCAGGUCCAUUUGGAAUUUACAUCAUGUACCAUUCAGACUUAUGGUUAUUUAAAACUGAAACAAUGUACGCAACUUAUCCAAAUUUCUAUAAUUCAUACUUAUACAAAUUCUUUUAUUUGGGUCAAGCUUCAUUUUGGGCUCAACAAGCGUGUGUUCUAGUUUUACAAUUAGAAAAACCAAGAAAGGAUUACAAUGAAUUGAUUUUCCAUCAUGUCGUCACUUUGCUAUUAAUUUGGUCAUCUUAUGUGUUCCAUUUCACAAGAAUGGGUUUAGCAAUUUAUAUCACAAUGGAUGUCUCAGAUUUGUUUUUAUCACUAUCAAAAUUAUCUAAUUAUUUGGAGUUAGGAUGCACCCCAGUUAUCUUUUUUAUAUUCAUCGCUGUUUGGGUAUAUUUACGCCAUAUUGUGAACAUCAAAAUUUUAUGGUCAGUUUUAACAGAAUUCCGUACUGUUGGAUCAUAUACGUUGAAUUUCGCUACUUCACAGUAUAAAUGUUGGAUUUCUUUACCAAUUGUAUUUACGUUGAUUGCUGCUUUACAGUUAGUAAACUUAUAUUGGCUAUUUUUGAUCUUCAGAAUUUUAUACAGAUUAAUCUGGUUAGAUAUUCAAAAAGAUGAAAGAAGUGAAUCAUCAUCGGAAGAUGAAGACACUCCUUCCAGUGAAUUCCAUUCAGAAUCAAAAGAGGACAUUUAA